CUUCCUCUAUUUUUUGUCAUGCGCUUCUCCAGCGCUGGGAAAAUGGCGCUCACGCGAAUGUUGCUUGUGUCUAUGGCGUUGGCUGCGCUGCAAACACUGGGCGCCUCCCAGGGAGUGCAAUCCAGAAGUUUUUCUAUAGAAAACGACGCGUUUUACAAGGAUGGAGAGCCCUUCCGCAUUCUGGGUGGUGAAAUCCACUACUUCCGGAUCGUUCCAGAGUACUGGAAAGACCGGAUCCAGCGAGCAAAAGCAAUGGGUCUUAACACCAUCCAGACUUACGUUCCUUGGAAUGUUCACGAGCCAUCGGAAGGCGAGUUCUUCUUUGGCGAUCCGGUGAACCUCGAGGCCUUUCUAAAGCUCGCACAAGAGCUCGAAGUUUUGGUCAUGCUUCGCAUGGGACCAUAUGUUUGUGGAGAAUGGGACCUUGGAGGAUUUCCUUCGUGGCUACUGUCCAAAAAACCACAGUUAAAGCUCAGGACUUCCGAUUCUUCGUACCUUAAGCUCAUCCUGGAGUUACAGGUUGACCAAUGGUGGAAUGUUCUUCUUCCUAAACUCGUUCCAUUUCUCUACUCUCGUGGUGGUCCACUGAUCAUGCUACAGGUUGAAAACGAGUAUGGAUCUUUCGGAUCUGACAAGCAGUAUCUCCACCACCUUGUCAGCGAUGCUCGCGAAUACUUGGGAAACGAAAUAAUCCUAUACACGACUGAUGGAGCUACAGAUGACGCUCUGCAACGGGGUACAAUAUCUAGAGACGAUGUUUAUGCUGCUGUGGAUUUUCCCACCGGCUGGGAUCCUGUCGCAGCAUUUGCACUACAAAAGAACUACAACUCCCCUGGAAAGUCUCCUGCAUUGUCAACUGAGUUUUACACGGGCUGGCUUACUCACUGGGGAGAAAAUCUCGCAACAACAAGCCCGUAUGUUGCAGCGGCAGAACUGGACAAGCUUUUGAGUGCUAAUGGUUCUGUCGUGCUUUAUAUGGCUCACGGAGGCUCCAACUUUGGAUUUUUCAGUGGUGCAAAUACUGGGGGGAAAGAAACCAUCUAUCAGCCGGAUAUCACGUCUUAUGAUUAUGACGCCCCCAUUGGGGAAGGUGGAGAUCUUGGAGAAAAGUUUUGGAGAUUUCGUGAAGUGCUCUCGAGCUAUGUCAACUUUCCACUUCCAGAUCCCCCGCAACUUCCAUCGAGACGAAACACUGGGACUGUGGUGCUGCAAAAGCUCGCAAAUCUUUUCCAAGUCCUCCAGUCUCUCAGUCAUGAAUUCUAUCUUCAACAAGCUCCAGUGGCCAUGGAGCUUCUCAACCAGAGUUUUGGAUUCAUCGUUUAUAGAUCCAGACUCCCGUCUCAUGCAAAACCAGGAUCCAUCCUUGAAAUAAAGAAGAUUCAUGAUCGAGCUCAAGUUUACGUUGGAAAGAGCUCUCAAAGCCUGAGACUCGUAGGAACACUGCAAAGAUGGUCCAAUUCCUCGCUACAACUUCCUGAUGGAUCAUCGGCAGGAUUGGAAAUCUACAUUUUGGUGGAAAACAUGGGACGUAUCAACUAUGGACCCUUCAUAUUCGACCAAAAGGGGAUUCUUUCUUCCGUUAUCCUUGACAAUGUUCCAAUGCUUGGCUGGAGAGCUUACACUUUAAGCCUCGCAGAUGUCGCUGAAAAGUUUCAAGCGAUGCCAAAUGACCUUGCUGGAUUCCAACGACAUGGAAGCAUUCGCAUUGAGUCAAGAGCUCCACAUUGUGAUGGCCCUGCUUUCUAUGCUGCCACGUUUGAGAGUGAAGCUCAAAUGGACACUUUCAUCUCUUUCAAAGGCUGGAGCAAAGGGGUGGCGUUCGUGAAUGGUUUCAACCUUGGUCGAUUUUGGCCGGAUGCUGGCCCGCAAUGCUCCCUGUAUGUUCCUGGACCACUGCUAAGACAAGGAGAAAACCAGCUUUUGAUUCUAGAGCUCGAGAACACUCUGCUCCACAACAAAACGCUCCAGUUUCUCGGGCAGCACGACUGGACUUGCGGCAAAAAUUCGUAAAAAUCGAAUUUGGAGCGUAAGUUCAAAAGCUCGAAACAGUGUGAUCGAGAAGUUUAAAGUCAAAUUUCACGAGUAUUUUUCUCCGGAAUCGUUGUAAUCUUUGUUUGAAAUUCAUCGUAGUCGAGCGAGUCA